CCACUUUUCUCCGCAGUGGGCUUCAUUUCUUAUUCCACUGUGGAGGUCUGGGCUACAUGUUUUAAUCACGCAGCAGACUGCUACUUGUGAGAACAGGUUGGCUCGUUUUCCGUCUGCUCGAAUUACAACAAAAACGCGGAGCGUCGGAGGGAGUCUGGGUCUGUUGCACGGCUUGGUAUUCGUCCCCUUUAAAAAAAACUAUGCAGCCCUAGCGGUGGUUAUUAUCUGGACUCCCUGGAAAAGUCUGCGGACUGGAGAGGAGGGAGAGAGGGGGACAAGCCUGAGCCAGAGACGAGAGAUCAUGGCGGCACCUCUCGGACGGGACACCCUACCUGACCACUGGUCGUACGGAGUUUGCAGAGAUGGCCGGGUCUUCUUUAUUAAUGAUAAAACUCAUAGCACCACUUGGCUACAUCCACGCACUGGUGAACCGGUUAACUCGGGACACAUGAUCCGGUCAGACUUGCCGAGAGGAUGGGAAGAGGGCUUCACGGACGAAGGAGCAAGCUACUUCAUCAACCACAACCUGAGGACUACAUCAUUUCGGCAUCCUGUGACCGGACAGAUUUCCCCUGAAAACACAGAAUACACACUACAAGACAGGAUAGAGUCCCGUAUGUCCAAGUCAGCGGCCAACCAGAGAUCCCCCAACAUGGUCACAGAGUCCUCCAAGGCAGUGACCUCAGCAGCAGUGGAUGCCACCUCAGGGUCAAAGGGCUCCAGAGGUACGGGGAAAGUACACAGUUUUGGCAAGAGGGAUCAUUCUAUUAAAAGAAACCUCAACAUCCCGGUGGUGGUGAGAGGCUGGCUCUAUAAACAGGACAGCUCUGGAAUGCGACUGUGGAAACGGAAGUGGUUUGUUUUGUCAGACUACUGCUUGUUUUACUACAAAGACAGCCGAGAGGAGACCGUGCUCGGUAGCAUCCCUCUGCCCAGUUAUGUCAUCGCACCAGUUGAGCCUGAUGACCACAUAAACCGCAAAUACGCCUUCAAGGCGAGCCACACAGGAAUGCGCUCCUACAUUUACAAUAAGAACUCUGUGAUUGGCUCACAGGCAGAACACUGCGGGAUGCGGACAUAUUUCUUCAGUGCGGACACACAGGAGGACAUGAAUGGCUGGAUCCGGGCCAUGAACCAGGCUGCGCUGAUGCAGCAGAGUCACACUAUAAAGAGAGAGGUGGAGAAGCCAGAGAAGGCUGCACAGCAGGCAGUCCCUCAAACCAACCACGUCCACAUCAACCUGAACUCCUCUCAGCCAGAGAGUGUUCACCGGACAGACAGAGAGGAACCUGGAGAUAAUGGUAUCAGACUGGCUCCUGGAGAUGAGGUGAGGUAUGGAUUAGAAAUCCAAGGGAGGCCCAGCCAGUCAGCCACAGAGGAGAGAGCAGAGAGACUCUCUCCAGACGCUGUCAACGGCGCCACCCACAAGAACGGACAGCAAACUGUAAUCCAGGUGGCUCUGCCACCAGAACAAAAUGGGAAUCUUGUCUAUCAGAGGGGCUUUGUUUCGCGGCCAGACACUGAGAAACAUGUGCAGAGGAAGAAUACACUGGCUCAGGUGGAGCACUGGGUCAAAGUUCAAAAAGGGGACCCACCCAAGAGUGCCCCCUCUGCUGAGUACAACCUCCCUCGGCGGACUCCUCCCUUAAAGCCCAAAGCCAGCACAGCAGAUGCCACCUAUCAGUCGUUGCCAAAGUCUCCCCGUCUCCCGUCUGGCAGCAACUCUCCUCCAGCAACAUGCAACCUGCCCAGUGACUACAAGUAUGCCCACGACCGGCUCAGCCACUUCCGCAUGUCCACCGAUGAGCGAAUGGCCACCAAGGAGGGAAUGGUGUGGCAGCUGUAUGAGUGGCAGCAGCGGCAGCAGUUUCGUCACGGCAGCCCCACCGCUCCGGUCUACUCUGGCCCUAACUUCACAGACUCCUCAUCUUUCAGAGUGACUGUGGAGAUGCCACGUUCCAUCUCUGUCCCUCCGUCCCCAUGUGAAGUCCCACCGUCUGUCCCCUCCUCAUUCAAACCCCUGUCCCCUCGCAGGCCACACACCCCUUCAGACAGACGCACAGUCAGGCCCCUCGAUGAAGUGGCAGCCGGGGACAGCACAAGAUCCAGCUCCCCGGGCCAUAUUUGUGCCCAUCUUUCCCAGACUUCCCAAAUAGAGAGAAGGUCCAUGCCAGCCAUGGGAUACAUCACACACACUGUCAGUGCACCUAGCUUACACGGCAAAACGCCAGAGGAGCUGACUCUGCUCCUCAUUCAGCUUCGGAGGCACCAGGCCAAGAUGGCUGGUGUGCAUAGCCCCAGCGAUGCGUUCGCUCACCUGCAGCACCACCAGCACAACGGCCUUCUGGGCCCCAGCAUGCAGGCUGAUGAUACUUACAUACAACUGAAGAAGGACCUGGAGUAUCUAGAUCUGAAGGUGGGCCCCAACAAAGUAACUGGACGAGAGAGUUUAAAAAAAGAAAGACCAUCCAGGCCUGUGAAAAUAGCAGAAAGUGAUGCUGAUGUGAAAUUAAGUCGACUGUGUGAACAAGACAAGAUUCUCCAGGAGCUGGAGGCCAGGAUACGCACUUUGAAGGAGGAUAAGGACAAGCUGGAGUCUGUGCUGGAUGUUUCCCACCAGCAGAUGGAGCAGUACAGAGAUCAGCCAGCCCACGCUGAGAAGAUUGCCUAUCAGCAGAAAUUACUACAAGAGGAUGUGGUGCACAUCAGGGCUGAAAUAUCCCAAGUCUCUACGGAGAUGGAGAACGCGUGGAAUGAAUACAGCCGGCUGGAGAGAGACGUGGACUGGCUGAAGUCGGCCCUGCAGGGACAGAUGAACCGCAGUGAUCUGUCUCAGCAAGAGAAAGUCCAGAUCAGAAAGGAGCUGUGGAGGAUUGAGGAUGUUAUCGCAGGCCUCAGCGCCAGUAAAGCCAACUACAAAGUCACUAUCUCCUCUGUUACCAACCCAGAGAGGAAAUUUGUGCCUUCAGUGUCGGUGUCAUCAGUGCCUUCUACUAUGUCUGGGAGCCCGUCUGCUAUGGAGAUGAGAUUGUCCCAGCAGCAGCAACAACAGCACAGCCCCCACCUCAGUCCUAGUGGCCACACCCCCACCCUUUCCUCCAGCCCCAGCCAGCAGCCCUUACACCACUCCGCAACCAUCACCAGUGCAUUUAAAUGGGGUGAGGAAGACGUGCCUCCCAGACCUCCUCUACCUCAGCUCUACAGUCCCGAUGAGCAUCCCCCCGCUGUGCCCCCGUUGCCCCGGGAGACAACGGUCAUCAGACACACUUCUGUACGCGGCCUCAAACGACAGUCAGACGAGCGCAAAAGGGACCGAGAGAUUGGCCAGUACACCAAUGGAGACAGUAAGGUGGAACUUAGGCCUUUUCUGAGUGAUCCAGAGCUUAUGGGGGCUGGAGACGGCUCCAGUCACAUCAGUGUUGUAGCAUCUGGACACGAUGGAGGUUACCAGACGUUACCUAGCAGAGGAGUUGCUGGCUCCUCGCUUAGACUAAAUCAGUCUUCAAGCAUCUCCUCAUAUGUGACCCUCCGAAGAGCAACCUCAGCUGCCGGCGUGAAGGAGAGACCAAAAAGUGCCUUGGAGCGUCUGUACUCUGGGGAGCCGGCACAGCAGCAGCAGAGGGGGAAGAUGAGUGCCGACGAGCAGCUGGAGAGGAUGAAGAGGCACCAGAAGGCCCUCGUCCGCCAGCGCAAACGCACCCUGAGUCACGGAGACCGACACGCCUCUUCAACAUCGCGCCCUUCGUCCUCGUCCUCGCGCCCGCUUUCGGCAGACUUGGGAUCAUGGAAGAGAGAGCAGGAGUUUGACCUGCAGUUGCUCGAGAGGGCUGUUCAGGGGGAGGAGGCGCAGGGAGUUAGGAGCGUCCAGGGGGAGGAAAGACCUCCCGAGCACAAAGAGAGACCACGUUCGCACUCUGACGAAUGGCUGACCUUUCGCUCCACGGCCAUGACUCCUCCCGCGCAUGAAGCUGACCUGGAGCCACUAGACUAUGACGUGGACCUUAACAAAGAGCUGUCCAAGCCUCAGAAAGUGUUGAUUCCAGAGCGCUAUGUGGAUUCAGAACCUGAGGAGCCCCUCAGUCCUCAGGAGGUGGAGGAGCGUCACCGUAAGGUGGAGCGCAUCAAGAGCAUCCUGGCAAAGUCCAGCGUGCAAAACCUAGCACCAACAGUGUCUGUGGACAAGCCAGAGGUGGGUCUGGUGGCACUGGACUCAGCUCUGCAGGAGCAGGAGAGGAUCAUCACCAUGUCCUACGCUCUCGCCUCGGAGGCUUCUCUCAAGAGCAAACUAGUGGCAGUUCCACCACAGGCUAACCUCCCUGCUCCUCCUCCCCCACCCCCUCCUCCACCUCCUCCUCUUCCUCCCAUAUCUCUGGCUCCUCCCUCUCCUCUAAGCAACGGAAUUCACUACACGUUUGUCUAAUCCGAGAAAUAAACUCAAGCAAUUUCUGGACACUGAGGUGCUACUACUCCACAAUGACAACAAACAACGGGACUCUGCAGAAAAAGGAGGAUUUUGUUUGAUUUUGGACAUUUACAUCUUUCCACACAGCAGUAGAAGAACUGUAGUAAACAUUUACAAGAUAAGACAUUUCUCUGUGAGGCUCACGCAGCGUCGACUCGUCGAGGUGUUUCUAGUUACUGAGAGCAACUUUCCUGAGGAAAAGAGAGGACGCUGCUGUGGGAGCUGAUUAACUAUGAGCAUCUAACAAAUGUUAAUCUCAUAAUAAUAAAAAUUAUUUUCUACAUGUAUUGCACUUUGAACUGUACACUGUAUCAUGUUUUCAAGGUAUGACUGACUUUGCUUUUACUUGCAGUGUGAUCCCAACUGGGAACAUUUCUGUUUUUGUUUUUGUUUUUUCAGGUACAUGUUAUGGACAAGAGGUACUAAAUGUGUCAUGACAGUAGUAUUUUCUAUCAAAACUCAGAUAAUAUUCUUACACCAAACCACUUGAAGUAUCAUAUGGAUGUACCUGUAGCACUGCCAGUCUCCUUUUAGCUUGCCAAAAUGAAUUUUAUUUUUGCUUACACCAGGAUGAAAAUAACCUUUAACGUAUUUUCUGUGUGACCAGGGAAGGUUGCACAAUGGAAAUUUAUAAAAAUGUGAAUAUUAAAAAUUAUUAACACCAUA